AUGGUCACCAAGACGGUCAUCGCCCUGGGGCUUCUAGCAACCUUCUGUGCUGUAGCCAUGGCCGACCCUGAACCCGGUGGUAGAUAUGGUGGUGGUGGUGGUGGUGGAGGAGGUGGACAUGGUGGCGGCGGAGGGUAUGGUGGUGGAGGAGGAGGACGUGGAUUUGGAGGUGGAGGCGGUGGAUAUGGUGGUGGUGGUGGCGGCGGUGGAGGCCGUGGAUAUGGAGGUGGCGGAGGAGGACAUGGAGGCGGCGGCCGUGGAUAUGGAGGUGGCGGAGGUGGACAUGGAGGUGGCGGCCGGGGAGGUGGUGGUGGUGGUGGUUAUGGCGGCUACGGAAAGUAA